AUGUGCAACCAACCCACUAAACAACCAACCACCAAACCAACCAACCAACAGACCAACCACCAAAACCAACAACCAACCACUAACCAACCAACCAACCACCAAACCAACCAACCAACCACCAAACCAACCAACCGACCAACCAACCAACCAACCAACAACCAACCAACCACCAAACCAACAAACACACCAACCAACCAACCGACCAACCGACCAACCAACCAACUAACCAACCGACCGACCCCACCGACCGACCAACCAACCAACCACCAAACCAACCAACCAACCAAUCAACCCAACCAACCACCAACCCAACCUUCAAUCAACGAACUCCCAAAACAGAACAAACAAACAAACCUUUAUUUCUAUACAAGAUCGGUAAUUCUUAACAAGCCCCUGUACACAGAUGUCAACAUGAGAUGA